AUGCUUCGUAGACAAACACGAGAGCGUCGGCAAUACGUCUAUGCAAAAUCUCUCGAAGCUCAAGAACGGCAGACAUAUCAGCGGAAACAACAGCUGAAAGAUGCUCUUGCCAGUGGCAAAGCUUUACCUACCGAACUUAGGAAGGAUGCACAAGGAUUAGGGAACGACCUCGCUUUUGACCAGGCACAGACAGAUCCAACAACACACGUAGAUAGUGAGUACUCGAGGGCAGGGAUCAUGGACCCUAAGAUCGUGGUCACGACGUCAAGAGACCCAAGUUCAAAGUUGUUGCAAUUUUCGAAGGAGAUGAGGCUCGUAUUCCCAAACUCACAUCGAAUAAAUAGAGGAAACUAUGUUGUGAAGGAGCUGGCGGAGGCAUGUCGAGCAAACGAAGUCACGGACUUGAUUGUCUUACAUGAACAUCGUGGUGUACCAGACGCAAUGAUCGUCUCCCACUUUCCUCAUGGCCCUACUGUCUACUUCACACUCCACAACGUAAACCUUCGCCACGACAUCCCCAAUUAUAACUCCUCCACCGUCUCUGAACAGUACCCACAUCUAAUCUUCGAGAACUUCAGCUCCAAAUUAGGGGAGAGGAUGCGGGACUGUCUGAAGUACCUGUUCCCUGUACCGAAGGAGGACAGUAAAAGGAUAAUGACGUUCUCAAACGAUAAUGAUUUCAUCUCGUUCAGGCACCACGUCUUCUUGAAGAUCCCACCGAAGCAGGUUCAAUUGGCGGAAGUAGGUCCGCGAUUCGAAAUGAAGCCAUACGAGAUUCGCCAGGGCACAAUUGAGCAGAGUGAAGCUGAGCGCGAAUGGGUACUCUCAACGUACUCCCGAACCGCAAAGAAAAGGAGUCUGUUGUCGACGCCGGUUGGAGGCUCACGACGUGCCGAAAAGAGCCAAGAAACCGAAGAGGAGAACCCGAAGAAAAAGGCCAGACGGUGA